AUGCAUGCGACCAUAGGCCGUUUCAAUGAUAAAUUGUUCUUAAAUUCCUUAAAAUUAUCGUCAUUUCAGAAGCGCAACAUUAGCCAAAAUGGACAGAAAAGAGUUGUUAUCACAGGAAUGGGCGCAUUGUCGCCUCUUGGAUUUAACGUGCAAGAUUCCUGGAAAACAGUUUUAGAAGGAGGAUGCGGAAUUCGCAAGCUAGGAAAGGAAUACAGUCGAUUGCCUUGCACCGUGGCAGCUGUUAUUCCUCAUGGAAGAGGAAGAGAUGAUAUUUUGGAUUUGACCAAAUAUUUUGCAAAGAGUUCUUUGAGAACUAUGGCCUUGUCUACUGCUUAUGCCGUUUUGGCUGCCCAUGAAGCACUUCUUGACGCUAAAUGGAUGCCCGAAGAUGAGGAGCAACUGUUGAGGACAGGGGUAGCUGUCGGGAUAGGAAUGAUCGAUUUACAAGAAGUUUGCAAUACAAAUUCGGCAUUCAAAAUGGGCUACAGCAAAGUCAGUCCUUAUUUUCUAGCAAGAAUUCUUCCAAAUAUGGCAGCAGGUCAUAUCAGCAUGAAAUAUGGAUUCAAGGGUCCCAUACACUCGGUGUCGACCGCCUGUACAACCGGCGCCCACUCUAUCGGCGACGCCUUCCGAUUCGUCCGUUCGGGGGAUGCCGAUGUUAUGGUCUGCGGAGGUGCCGAAGCAGCCAUUAGUCCGCUGUCGGUCGCCGCCUUCUGUCGUCUUCGAGCUCUCAGCACCACGAGAAACGAUGAUCCUCAACGUGCAUCGCGUCCAUUCGAUCGUGACCGCGAUGGUUUCGUGAUGGGCGAUGGAGCAGCGGUGUUCAUUUUGGAGGAGUUGGAGCACGCAACGAAAAGGGGGGCUCAUAUUCACGCCGAAAUUCUGGGAUGUGGCCUCAGCGCCGAUGGAACACAACUUGCAGCACAAAUUGGAGAGGCCAUGGGUGCAUCGCUGUCCAUGCAGCGGGCUUUAGAGGAUGCUAAAAUAAGUCCAACGGACGUCGGUUACAUCAAUGCUCACGCACCCUCCACUCGAAUGGGCGAUGCUAUUGAGGCAAAAGCCGUGAAACGCGUUUUUGGUGACCACAGUAAAAAUCUCUUCGUCUCCUCCACAAAAGGCGCCCACGGUCACCUCUUAGGCGCGGCUGGCAACUUGGAAUCAAUUUUUGCGGUCAAAUCAGUAGCCACCGGCAUGGUACCCCCAACAUUAAAUUUAACUAACGUUACUGAAGAUAUGGAUUUGAAUUUCGUCCCCAUCAAGGCUGCUGUUUGGAAAAACAGUGGUCGAAAGAUUGCGUUGAAAAAUUCUUUCGGAUUCGCCGGUACGAACGCUACUCUUGUAUUUGCCGAGUAUAUGAAUGAUGAAAAGGUAGUGGAAACCCAAGAAAAAACUGAUGCUCUGUCGUAUAAGGAAUCAAUACUUGGGCCAAGCGAAUUUUUGAAUAACUUUUCACCUACGAAUUUUGAACCGACCAAGAAACAUUUUCUUCUAGUAGAUGUCGAAAAUUAAUAGUCACAAAUUGUGUUUUUGUAUGGUUAUAUUUUUGCGUAAUUUGAGUAUUGUGUUAAUCCAAAAAUAAAAAUA